AUGCAGUCCCAGAUCUGGGAUGCCACCAUUCCGCUGCACAUCACACAUCCUUCGUCUCCAGUCCCAUACCUUAUACAGGUUCCGCGGCUCUCAUAUCUACCGCUGCUGCUCCCACGAUUGACCUCGUUCUUCGGCCCCGCAAGCAGCUUCUCCUACGAGGGAAUCUUGCUCAAGAACCUUCCUGUCGGAUUACUAUAUGAUCUCUACCAACCCGAGCUACCAUGGCGGCUCACGCUUGGGGACGGGCCGUUGUUCGAUAUCCAUGACACAUUCAUGAACAGCGUGAAAGAGGCAGAUUUCAUACGCAAUGGGACGGCCAAAGGUAUCAUGUCCAUGUCAAAGGAACACUCUACCCAACUAUGGAAUACGGUUCAAGAUAAUGACUACGCUUCAUUCUCCCGCAUAAACUCGAUCCUUCUCAAUCCGCCCACACCACUAAAGCACAUCCCGCUCCGAAUCUACAUUCCCUCCUCUCCUUCAUCCUCGAACCCCUCUUCCUCCCAACCAAACGCGAAUUUUCUCGGCUCCAUUAAAAUCAUCCAAACCUUGAUCCCACCCGUCACCGAACGACGAGAAACCCAAACUCUAGGCUCGGCACUGAAUGCCGUCUUGCCCUCUUUGUUUCCGAGUAGAAGAGAUGCUAUCUUAGCAGAGCCAAUUCUACAUGGUGCACCUGUGCCAUUUAGGGCUCCGUUGGAGGAGGUCAUGAGGGAAGCCGCUUAUGCGGAUGGGUGGAUACAUCUGGGAGUCUUGAUGAUUGACGCUUAA